GUCGUGGCGUCGAAUACAGGAACCGGAAGAGGCGGAGCUUUCGUUGCAGAGAUGGUGGCCGUGAUGUUCCCGUGUGUGUAACAGGCCUGCUAGCAGUGUGACAUUGGCGUUAGAAACUAUAUGCGAGGCGGCUGCUGCUAGAUAGUCUUAACGGAAAAUAAGAUGCAAAAUCUUGCUGCACAAGUAACUAGCAGUUUGCUGCAAUUUCCAGAGACCACAAUAGAAGCUCUUCGGGAGGAUGAAAUUAACUUGGAAUCUGUAUUGCGUGCAAAAUUUACCACAGGCAGAGCCGGGCUAGCUUGGCUAGCAUGUGGACCCCAGCUGGAAGUAACCAACUCUGUAACAAGUGAAAGACUUUCUGCAUAUUGUUUUAGCACAGUGACUGAAAGACCUCCUACCGUUGUGGCAGUCAAAGAGUUUUCCUGGCAGAAGAAAACAGGGUUACUUGUGGGCCUUGUUGAAGCAGAAGGCAGUAUUCUUUGCUUGUAUGAUAUUGGAAUUUCGAAAGUAGUUAAAGCAGUUGUGCUACCUGGAUCGGUAACUGCUAUUGAACCCUUAAUAAGUGAUGGAGGAGCCAGUGCAAGCACUCAGCAUUUACACCAGAGUCUAAGAUGGUUCUUUGGUGUUGCAGCUGUGGUUACAGAUGUCGGACAUGUUCUUCUUAUUGAUUUAUGCCUAGAUGAUAUUUCUAGCAAUCAAGAUGAACUGGAGGCAUCAGACCUUGAAGUUAUCAGUGGGAUUCCAGCAGAAAUCCCUAAACUUAGAGAAGCUGCUAACAGAGAGAGACGGCACUUGUGUCUUCAGUUACUGGCCCCAUCUGGAACCACGGUAACCACAGUCAACUAUAUAAGUAGAACCAACCAGCUGGCUGUAGGAUUUUCUGAUGGGUACCUAUCUUUAUGGAACAUGAAAACUUUAAGACGAGAAUACCAUGUUCAAGUUGAAGGGGGCAGAGUCCCUGUGUACUCAGUCACUUUUCAAGAACCUGAAAAUGACCCACGGAACUGCUGCUAUCUCUGGGUGGUUCAAACAAGUCAAAGUGGCAGAGAUUUAAGCUUUUACUUGCUGCAACUGGCUUUUGGUGACAGAAAAUGCUUACCAUCUGGACAAAUUAUGUAUGAGAACUUUGAAUACUGUGAGGAAAGAUACAACCUGGAUCUUUCAGCUAAUGCUUUGUUUUUGAGAGGUCAAACAAACAGCAUGAGGUUACUGGGCUGUCAGACCAUAGAAAAAUUUCGUUCUCAUAGUGAAAGAGAAGAUGGCCUCCAUGAUGUUUCAUCACCUGAUACCAGUGUGUCAAUUUUUAGCUGGCAAGUUAAUACUUAUGGACAAAAUAAGCCUUCAGUUUACAUGGGAGUGUUUGAUAUAAAUCGUUGGUAUCAAGCACAGAUGCCCGAUUCUUUGAGGCCUGGUCAGUUUCUCAGAAACUGUUCAUAUUUUGCGUUCUGGUCUCUAGAAGCUUUGACAAACAUGACUGAAGACGCCAUAUUUGACAUUCUUGUACAUGAGCGUAGUCUGAGUAGAGGAGUUCCACCUUCGUAUCCACCUCCAGAGCAAUUCUUUUUUCCAAGCACCUAUAAUUUUGAUGCUACUUGUUUGCUGAAUUCUGGAGUUAUCCACUUCACGUGCACUGGCUUUCAAAAAGAGACCCUGCACUACUUAAAGAAUUCUGGAUCAUCGUUAAAUGAAGAAAUUCCCGAUGGUUAUAACAGGUGCUUAGUAGCUGGUCUGCUUUCUCCAAGGCUAGCAGAUGUUCAGCCUUCCAGCUUGACUCAAGAAGAACAGCUUCAGGCUGUGUUAUCAGCUGCUGUUGAAACAAGCUCUAUCAGUCUUUUAACUCGUUGUAUCAAACAGUGGAUUGAAGAAGAGCAACCAAGAUCUGCUCCAAACCUCCGCUUUGUACUUGAAUGGACAUGGAAUAAAGUGGCUCUAACGAAAAAAGAGUUUGAUAAACUAUGUGCACCACUAUUUGAUGGGUCAUGCAACUUUGUUGAUUCUCAAACACUGCAGUCUCUACAGCACUGUCACUUACGCCUUGGUAACCUUACAUCUGUUUUGAACUGCUUUAGAAAAGAGGCCAAAGAGCUCACAAAACAAGGACUGAUUGAUUUAACCAACAAACUUUCUGUAACUACGCUCUUAACUCAGUAUGCCUCUGUAGUCCUUUGGUUUUGUCGUUGUGGUCUUCUUCCAGAUAACCCAGAUGAAGCCAUGCAGUUGACCAGGCCAUACUACAAUUACCAACUAAUGCAGCACUACUAUGCAGAGCGUCGGAAAAAGUUGGAACAUUUGUCCAGAGGUAAAUGGAAUGCUUCUACCCUAAUGAUUGAUAACAUGAUUUGCCAGCUUGGAGAAAGAGUUGAACAUCUGUGGAAGAGAGAUGAAGGUGGCACAGGCAAAUAUCCACCUCCUACAUUACAUGCACUUCUAGACUUGUACCUAUUAGAAGAUGCAGAUGAAAUAAAGAAGCAUGCUAUUACAGUUUAUUUUUUGUUGGAUGUGAUGUACUCUUUCCCUGAUAAGCCGGAUUCCUCUAUAGAAUCAUUCCCUACGGCUUUUACAGUCCCCUGUGGCCUAAUAAAACUUAUUCAAGGUUUUUGGCUUCUGGAUCACAACGAUUAUCAGAAUUCUGUGGAUUGUAUUCUUCAUCCAGCUGCAAGUAGGGUAAUGACAUGGCAGCACAAUCUAAUUAUAGAGACCUUAAUGUGCCAAGGAGACCACAGACAGGCCUUGCGAUAUAUUCAAGUUAUUAAGCCUCCAAUUUCCAACAGCACAGAGGUCAAACUUCACAUGACUGUAUUUUUAGCCAACAGACACAUUUUUGAGGCCUGGAAUCUGCAGAAACUUCACUCUAGUCGACUAAAUGUAGAAGAGCUACUCAAGCACAUGUAUGAAUCAUGUCAAGAAAUGGGGCUUAUGGAAGACCUGCUGAAGCUCACCUUUACAGAUUCUGAGCAAGACUACUUGCAUAAGUUUUUGCACACAAAUGGAGGUGUCCAAAAUCAAGAGCUCCUUUUAGUACAUCAUUUACAGAGGGCAAAUUACAUCCCAGCACUACAGCUAAACCAAUCACUGAAGAAUUAUCACUUGAAUGAUAGUGAUAGACGCCAGCGAGAGAGAGCAGUAGCGAGAAAAUCCAUACUUGAUCAGUAUGGCAAAAUACUGCCAAGUGUGCAGCAAACCCUGGCAAGUGAUAGGACCAGACCUUAUCCAUCAAUUAUUUGGAAGAAAGUUGCAAGACCAAAGCCUUUAUCUACUAUUACAAAACAGGCUCCUACAGGUAGUGUGAUAACUGAAGCUAACUUUAUCCGCAAUGUGCUGAUGAAAAUAAAGGAAGUGUCUGUUGCUAGUGAAAAUAAAGACUUCUCACCUUACAAAAGCUUCAUAGAAGAAAGCCCAAGUCCUGUUCCUCAAGUAACUGAAUUGGAAAUGCCAGAUGCUUUUGUUGGUACACCAAUUUCAAAAACAAGGAGAGAUUCUAGGUUAUUGGGCUCUCUUGUCCACCCUAUCUUGGCAGAAUCCUCAUUUGGUGUGGAUUUUGAAAAUUUCAGUUGCAAAACACCUACUAAAUCAUCAGUCUUGUUGACGUCGAGCCCUGUUCAAUUAAAUCUGCUCAAAUCUACACAAUUAAAAAACCUAUCCAAAGCAUCAGAGUUUAACCUGUUGGAGACUCCUCUUGUUGUAAAGAAGGCAAAAGCUUUAGUGGCAAGUUCAGCCUCUUCAGGUUUCAUGGCGCGCACUCCUCAGUCUAUUCUGAGGUCCAGUGCACACACAACUCCUUUGGCCUCUCCGUCAGUGUCCCCAGGAAGAUCAGUCACGCCUCCUUUACGAUCCAAGGAAACAAAAAUUUCUUUCAUGGAGCAGAUUAGUAAGAAAUAUACCAAAGGAGUUUUAACUGUGCAUGAAGAGCCCACAGUCUCUCCUGUUCUUAAAUCUGGUCAAGAGACUAUGUGGGCAGACAGAGUGGCUAUGCUUACACAAAAUGAUGCUGCCACAGACAAUGAAGAAAUGGAUGAAUCUUCUUCAGGUAUUCAAGAUGGAAGCCCAAGCAAAAUGGAAGUAAACAAAGACGCAAGCAAUGUGUCUGCAAGAUCUGACCAGACGACAUUAGAGUAUCAUGACGCACCAACACCUGAGGACUUGGAGGAUGAAGUUGUUACUAAAAUAAAUUUUUCACAAAGUACACAUGUACAUACUGAUAUAGACACUGUGGUAGUACCUGAAGAUGUAAAACCACCAGCAGAAUUUCUGGAGACAGAAGAGAGAGAUGUUUUAAAUACAGAAGGUCUUUUUGCACAUGAAUGUGAACCAAAAGUACUACAUAAAUUACCACAAGUUCCAGAACCUGAUCCGCAAGUUGACAGCUUUUCAGAUCCAUUGGAAGAUAACCCACAGCCUACUGAGCCACAGUCUGAUUCAUCCUCCAGGAGCUCUGUUUCUGUUAUUAGUCUACACGAUAGUGAGGACAUUGAGAGUGCACAUUCCGAACCUCUUGAUCAAGAAAGGAGAGUAGACAACGAAGCUGAUCUGCUUAUUAUGGAGCAGAAUGUUCUAAUUGUUGAGGAAAUUCCUGCUGUUCCUGCCCCUCCUUCUCACUUUGUGGAAAUUCAGGAUUUGAAUGACAAAGUGACUGUUGAAGACCCUGAACCAGAAGUGACAUACCAACAAAUAGGUUCAUUUGGAAACCUUGAUAUGGAGAGUAAUGUUGUUCGUGAAUAUUGCAACAAUUAUGAAGCUGCUGAUGAAAAAGAUUCAGUGGAUGCUAGAACAGAUGUUGAAGAUGAACAUUCUUUAGUUCCAAACAAUUUUUCAUUGGUUCUUGAAGGAGAUGCUGGAGAUGACUAUGCAGAGGUGGAAUCUUUGAAAGCAGAUCAUCCUAUUUAUGAAACAUUAAAAGAAUCCUCAAAGGAUUCAUGUUCAUCGAAUGAUGAAAAUAUCAAUUUAGUGGAUAAAGUUAGUAAAGAGGAUAGUUGUGUAAAUGCCUUGACACUUAGUGGAACAGAGCAAGAGACUAAGAUUGCUGAAUCGCUGCCUUAUAUGCCUGAGCCAAUUAAGGUAGCCAUUGCAGAAAAUUUGCUUGAUGUUCUUAAAGAAACUAGAAGUAAGGAUUUUACAUCUGAACUUAAAAGUGAUUUAGUUUAUGAGAAUGAGCCUGUAAGGAAACUCAGAAAUAUUCACACUACCUCUAGGUCACCUGUAAAAAAAAUUAAGCAAACAAACCGUGAAGAUCUUAACACUAAUACAGUCAAAAGGAUAACACCACCUGAAAAAUCAGAGGAGCAGAAAUUAGAUUUGGAUGAUUUGGAGACCUCCCCAAGUGAAGUCAAGUCAACAUUAAUAAAACCUCCUACUCCUCGCAGAAGUAUAAGGAAAACCACAAAGGUACCAGAAAGCACUAGUGAUUCUGAACUUCCUAUGACUCCAAAAAGAAGGGGUAGAAAAGCCAAAGAGAAUUCAGAAAAUGUAGAUACAACUUUAGCAACCUUACAAGAGGAACAACAUUCUAUUAUCACAAGAAUUUCCAGAAGGGCAAAAGGUUCGGUUUCUGAUGAACCUCAAUUCACAGAGACUGAAACAGUUGUACAAGAAACUGUACCAAAGCUUCCAUCUUCUCCUGCUAGAACCCGUAGAGGAAAAGCCUCUACAUUAGAUGAUCAGAUAAAUGUAGGAGAUAAUGUAGAUCAAAAGAUCGAUAUUCCUAUGACACCAACCAGAAUUACUAGAUCUUCUAAAGUAGUUCAAGAGAGUGAAAAUGUACAAAGUGUUCAACACGUUGAAACAGAACCACUUGUCACUACACCUAUAAGAGGCCGGAGAGGAAAACGUAUGGUGAAUGAGUUGGUCAAACAGUUUGAGCUUGGUGCCUCUCAGGCCUCUACCAAAUCUAACUCUAGCCCACCAGUUUCACCUAAAAAAGUGUCCUUAAGAUGGUCGAGAGUCAGAUCGGAAAAUCAGAUUGAACAAAAAAGUGCAGAUGAAGAUAAUGUCACAGAACAAGAGCCUGUGGCAGACACUCCUAAAAAGACUGUUAAAAAGUCUGUCCGUAAAGUAGAUGUAGAGGAUUCCACCGAUCUUGCAGAGGAGCAGCAAAGAACAACUCGUUUAACAAGGACUAGAUCUAACAAUGUUUUAAAACCUGAUACUACUACUGUAGAAUUUGUGUUCGCUACCCCUACACCAAGACGUAGAAAGAAUGCAAAAGCUGAGCAGACUGCCCCCCCUAUUUCUCCAAAAGAGAUGCCAGCACCAGUGUCUUCAGAAUAUGUUUUCUCUCCACCAUCUCUAAGGACAAGAAGGUUUACUAGGACUACUCUCUCUACUAUUGUCGACCUAAAAGAAAAGGAUGUAACAGUUGAAGAGUCACAAGAUACAAUAGCUUUAGUUUCAGAAGUAGAACCAGCUGUGGUUCCUGAACCAGAAGUAAAGCCACGAAGAGGCAGACCUCCUAAACAUAGAGUAAAGAAAAACCAGCCAGAAGAUAAAGCAGCCUGGUCUCCGCCUCCUGUAAAGAUCCAGCUUCUUUCACCUCCAGAAAGCCCAGAUGGUGAUACAGAAAGUACAAAGCCAUUGUCUUUAGAAACUAAAGCUGCUGAAAGAAACCAGUCAAGAAAAACAAGGAGAAGGAUAGUUACAUCAAAACCAGUCACUCGCAGGAAGAUCAGAUGAUUGUUUCUUUGAACGCUCUUGAUUUUAAGGUGUUGUGUAAAAUAAACCCUGUAAGAUAUGAGUAAAACUGCUAACUGGGAGAAUAAUUUAUAUAAAUUAUUGUAAAUGAUCUUAAAAGUUUGAAAUUUAAUAUUUCAUUGGAAUGUAAAAUUCUUCCCAGACAAAGACACAUUUUCUAUUUUGUAUGGUUUGUUUUUUUUAAAAAAAUGUAUCUAUAGCUUCUUGAUAUGUUAAAUAAAAUAAUUA